GAAAGUUAUUAUGCAAACUAUAUUUUCUUUUAGGAUCAGAUAUAAGUAGCCUAGCCAAUAUGGGUUCUCCUGGAUCACCUCCUCGCGCUACUAGUCCAACUGUUGAAAUGCGUGAAUUGUUGGACAAAAUCCAGCAAUUACCUCAACAGAAAAGCCCCGUUCCACCUCUACAAUGCGACCAAAAACUCGCGAGAACUUACUUUCACAAGGUUAAAUCGAAGACACUAUAUAUGCCUCUCUGUGAUGAGACCCCUACUAAGCCAAAGAGUAUUGCAAAUGUUUUUUCUAAAGGCUGGCUCUCCCGUUCAGCCCCUUGCACCCCUUGUGGAAAUUUCGUCCCUAAUUUUCCCAUAAACCACCACAAGGGUAGCCAAAGAGGAAGCAGAUCGAAAAUUACUGAUGGUAGCCCGCUUCUGAGAGAAGAAGAAUCUGAAGAUGAACCAAUUAAUGGUCGAGAUCGGCGAUCAUGAUCGCAGUUCCCAAAAUAUGGAAUUGAUUUGUAAACA